ACCCCUCUAACAAACGACGCCUUGCAGUGACGUCAUCAACGCGCGCGGAAGCCGGGAAGGAGGCUAAUUCGAAAUUACGAGUAAAUAUUAUUUGGAAGAAAAGAAUGUUCUGAACAUCAAAUAAAACCGAAAUACAACACUAAUGCAUGCAGAGCUCCUGAUGCACACCAACAUCACACAGCUUUUCUGAUCACAGUGAAGAUGGCUGCAGCGACCAAAACCCCUCCUGGAGCAGACCCCAAGCAGCUGGAGCGCACGGGGACGGUCCGUGAGAUCGGCUCUCAGGCCGUGUGGUCUCUGUCUUCAUGCAAACCCGGGUUCGGAGUCGACCAGCUGAGGGACGAUAAUCUGGAGACGUACUGGCAGUCAGACGGCUCGCAGCCUCACCUCGUCAACAUCCAGUUCAGGAGGAAGACUACAGUGAAGAUGCUCUGCAUUUAUGCCGAUUAUAAGUCAGAUGAAAGCUACACUCCCAGCAAGAUCUCGGUCCGGGUCGGGAACAACUUCCACAACCUGCUGGAGAUCAGGCAGUUAGAGAUGGUAGAGCCGAGCGGUUGGAUCCACAUCCCCCUCCUGGACCUGGUAAACAACCCCAUCAGGACUUUCAUGAUCCAGAUUGCGGUUCUGGCGAACCACCAGAAUGGACGUGACACACACAUGCGGCAGAUCAAAGUGUACACCCCGGUGGAGGAGAGCUCUAUCGGCAAAUUCCCACGAUGCACCACUGUCGACUUCAUGAUGUACCGCACCAUCAGGUGACCACAUCUGACACAAGUGGCUCCUGAUCUCCAGCUCAAUAAUCAGACGUGAUGAAUCCUACACACACACACACACACCUCCUACUGUCCUCAUUACACUGGGAUUUAAAAAACAGAACCUUUGCCUUCUCCUGAAAGUCUUUAUUGUAAUGUGUGUUUUGCUGUACAGAUAAUAAAGUUGUUGUUUUUUUA